GUACAUGAUCUGUCAUAUCUGUAAAGGUAAACGCAAAGUCGCAAACAUUUGAUGCGUCAUUAUAAUAAUUUCAUUCUUCUUGUAUAAAAGGAUUGCAAUUUCUCGUAACAAAUCAUUAUUGUUUGUGAGAUUUAGAGACGUUGAUCGGUGUGGAUCGGCUGCUGCUUCAAUUGAAUAAUAUACGAAAAAUUCAAGUGUGAACGUGAAAACAGUUGACAUUCACUGGCACAUUCUCUAUUUGCGUAUACGUCUCAAGUCUCAAAGCAAGCUGUCAUCAUGGCUGGUACUAUAGUGAACUUCAAAGUUUACUUGACAAAGGAAAAUGCAGCAAUGGCAAAAACUGAAGUGAGAAGAUUUGGAAUUGACAGCGAUAUUGUUUCUGAUUUUCAAUAUUUACGUGAAAAAUUGCAAACCAUUUUUCCCAAUAUCCGUGGUAAACGAUUUUCCGUCAGCUGGAAAGAUUGCGAUGGAGAUAAUAUUGUGAUUUCAAGUGAUGAAGAACUACAAAUUGCACUUCUCGAAACUCAUGGGGCAAUGGUGAGAAAGUUUUAUUUGACACUUUAUUCUGAGUACGAGCAACAAGGAACACAAGCGACAGCACCUGAGGAAGGCGUUCGUCACGAUGGCGUCACGUGUGACGGAUGCGACAAAAGUGUCUACGGUUUUCGUUACAAAUGCAUUCAAUGUCCCGAUUACGAUCUCUGCAAGGAAUGUGAGGGACAAUCACUUCAUCCCGAGCACUGUAUGCUCCGUUUGCCAAUUCCAAUGCCAUAUUCAAAAAAUCGCUACAUCAGACAUUUUGGACGUCGAAUGAAUAAAUACAAUGGCAAUUCUACCGAUAAUACAAAGGAAUGUCCCAAAAGUUGUAAAUUCGAAUCACGCUCACGUCAUUGUGGCAAUAAUUUCCCCUGGACAGAUCUUUUAGGUGCGUUUGUUUACGAUCACAAUAAUUCAUCUCCAAAUACUACAGCAAAAGAAUGUGCACAAGAGAAAUCAACCGACCAAACUCAAACUCAAACUCAAAAGCAACAACAACAACAAGAAUCAUCAUCUUCACAAUUUCGUAGAAUUUCUGAAACGAAUAUUGAAUUUUUAAAAAAUAUUGGCGAACAAAUUGCCCAAAAUAUAGGUGAACAUAUUACACAAUUUUUGGAUCCACUUGGAAUUGAUGUUAAUGUUCCUUUGAAAAACAAUACAAAACAACAGCAGGAGAAUAAAACUGACGGUAUUGAUGCAAAAAAUAUGCCCAGUACAUCAUCGAGUGCUGAUGAAUCGCCGUCAAAGGAGGCGUCAAUCGAAGAAAAUCAGAGUGAAAUGGAAGACAGACAGACAGUAAAGGAGCCAGCUACUUCAAAAGCUAAUGAACCAAUUGCUUCGAUUGCAGAAAUAAAAAAGACGAUUGAAAAUUUAACUCUAGAGAAGAAUACACCUGAACCAGAGGGGUGGACUCUAUUGAAUGAAAAUGAUAGUCCACCAACAACUACAAAUUCAUCUCCAAGCUCGUCUCGUGCACCUUCAGUUUCAGAGGUCCCUCCUGCAGAAUCGUCACAGCCAAGUGCUUCUCCAGUCACAUCAAAAGAUUCCUCAACAUCACCUGACAAACCACUUUAUCCGCCAUUGCCGAAAGAAGGUAAAGUUCCAUUCCAUUCAAAUCCAAAAAUUCAACGUGCUAUUGAGACAAUGAUGGAAAUGGGAUUUUCAAAUGAAGGAGGAUGGUUGACUCACCUUUUGGUUACCAAAGAAGGUGAUAUUAGCAAAGCUCUGGAUAUUUUGGCGCCUAUACGUCGUUAAAGAUUUUUUUAGUUUAUGGGUUGUUUUUUCAUUUAAAUCUUCAAUUAUAUUGUUAUGCUUAGAGAGGGAAAUCAUUUACAAGACGAAUUCGCAUUCCAUUCUAGAAUUGUUAUUAUAUGCAAUAAUUCAUAAAGAUGCGAACGCAUUGAUAUUAGAAAAAACUUAAAAGUAGAAAUUACUUUAGUCUCUGUCUACUAAAUAUAAACUGUUCAUUCUAUUCAUUCUUGGUGACUGUACUAUUUACAGUGUCCAGUGGGUAUCAAUAAAUAAAUAAAUGUGGAGAAAAAAA